UUGCACACGCCUUGCAAAUCACGACCUUCCUUCAUGUUCCCCCUCUCCACAUAUUUCCAGCAGUAUACAACUUCCAGCUGGCUUGGUCCAGCACAUUUCUUGAUUUCGCCUCGAAGCAAAGAGACCGCUGUUGAACAGGACAUGAUGACGGUGUCAUAUGGACUGUGCGUUUUACUGCUGGCUGUGAUUCCUGCAUACAUUACUGCUUACAAAUCUGGAGCUCCUGAGUCUGUAUGUGGCUCCAUGAUACCAGACCACCAUUCCGAACCUAAGUCUGAACCAUCACCCUACACCAUCACUCCUAAUAAGCUUAACAUUGAGGCUGGCAAAUCCAUAGAAGUGACCAUCUCUGGAACUGAUAACACCAAAUUCAGAGGAUACUUUAUUCAAGCUCGUGUGGGUAACACUCCCAUUGGAAAAUUUGCGACGGGGCCAGAAAUCAACUUGGUCGACUGUGGCAGUGGAGUCGGGUCUGCUGCCACCCACACUGACAACAGAGACAAAGACUCAAUUACAUUAAAUUGGACGGCACCUGCUCGUCUCUCAGAAAGUGUUCGUUUCCGAUGUGCAGUGCAUAGGGUGCGGUUCCGUACUACUUUUGUAAAAACUGGGCCUGAAUACUGGGUUGGUCAAGAAUCUGAUCCCAUCACUGUAAAAUAAAGGUAUACAAUGAUGUUACUAAUAGAGGGACACCUCUAAACAAUUCCAGUAUAACAGAAUUGGGACAUCUGAUUUAUAAGAAGAUGGCUACAGUAUAAAUAAAUUUCACCGCCAGACUGACAGAAGCAAGUCCAAAAAGAAAUGUCGAAACACAAUUUGCAUUUACACUUUACAUACAACUUUUAUAAUGCACAGAAUACUUUCAAUAGUUGUAGCUUUUCAUAUCACAGUUUACAAUUCACUUAAAGGUUUAUCACGUAAAUAUGCUUGAUAGUACCUAGAGGCAAUUAUAAACUGAUAAUCUGUAUGUACUGAUGCAUUUCUUGUAUUCAAAUAUAAGGCAGAUGUAAUAUAAUUCUACAAUUCCUUAAUAAACUAAAACCAAUGUUCCACUAA